UCCAGAGCUCAGUUCAUCAGGAGUCUGUGAUCAUGGCACAGGUAAUGUUUGCACUCUUCGCACUUUUUCUGGUUUCAGUCUGCACAGGACAGGACUUUUGUGUGGGAAAGUGUCCCCACUACAAAGUACUCGAGGCCUACCCGGACUUUGAGGUGCGCUUAUAUGACACUUCCACCUGGAUUACUACCAAGAUUGACAGCUCCCAGUCCAGUGAUGUCCUCGCUGCAAAUUCACGGCUGAAGGAUUAUGCCAAGAAGCAAACUGAAGCAGGUUUUGAGAUCUCUAGUGACACUUGGCCUGCACUGGUCAAGGUCACAGAUGGUAAAGGUGAUCCUGAAUUUGCCUUGUCCUGGUUUAUUCCUCCUGGUACCACAACACCUGAAAAUUCUGAUCCCUUGGUCCAACUGGAAAGUAAACCUGAAGCCACUGUGUAUGUCAGGGUUUUCGGUGGCGCUCCAAGCAUCCAGAGUGGCCAAGAAAAUGCAAAGAAGCUUCGUGAGGCCUUGAUUACAGCUGGGAAAACCUUUGAUCAUGACACUUACAAUGGAGCUGGAUAUGAAUCAUUUUUCUCUCUUACUCACCACAAUGAAAUUUGGAUCUACUCUGCCUGACAACAGCAGACAUCGUGAGCUGAACAAAAUCUUUUCAUCAUGUAAUCAAAGUGGGUUUUUCCAUAGACAUCAUUUACUGUUUCACUUGCAGUAAAAAAUCAUGCACUGUAUUUUUUGGGGGGCAUCCGUAGAUUUUUUGUUCUACACAUCUCCACAGGGGUUUACUUUUUUAAGUGUGUGUUUUGUGUCUUUUUCUAUUUCUUUACUGUUUGCAAAAGCCCUUGUUUUUAAUUUCAUGCAUUGGUAGAAUGUUCCUUACAUGAGUCAGCCCUGGAGGAACUUUCCUGCAGGUCUCCAAUUACACAGAAAUGCAUUUAGACUUGUUUGUGCAAAAGCUGAACAUACCUCCAGGGUUAUUGUUUCUGGGCUACGUCCUGACAUACUGGUUUAUCUGCAUGUAAAUAAAGAUUGCUCGCAAAUGAUAACACUUGACUACCUUAAGAAACUAAAAGAUCCUCCCAUUCCAAAAACAUUACCCUUUCUGUUUGUUUGGAUGCAUAAUUACAUGAAACUGCUACAGUCACAGAAACAUGGCUAACUACAACUGAAAUAAAAAAGCCAUCUACUUUGUAAUAAAAAGAAUUUGUAGGAUCUGA